UUUGUCAUUUAUUUUUCCUUAGGAUGGUGUUACAGCAGGCUUUACAUUUUCGUAGUCCUGCUCCACCACCUACCACAGUUUUGCGAGGACCUCCACCAUUACUACGACCCCCACUUCCACCCUUUGGCAUGAUGAGAGGACCCCCACCACCCCCUAGACCCCCUUUUGGCAGACCACCGUUUGACACCAGUAUGCCACCUAUACCCCCACCCGGAGCUUUGCCCCCACCCAUUGGACCCCCACACCUGCAGAGGCCACCUUUCAUGCCCCCACCAAUGGGUAACAUGCCCCCUCCUCCUGGUAUGAUCUUUCCACCUGGAAUGCCUCCAUCGCCAGGAACUGGAGCGGUUUCAAGCUUGACUAGUGAUGAAAUCUGGGUAGAGAACACUACACCAGAAGGAAAGGUAUAUUACUACAAUGCCCGGACACGUGAGUCAGCCUGGACCAAACCAGAGGGAGUAAAGAUCAUCCAGCAGUCGGAGCUCAAUCCUCUAAUGGCGGCUCAGUCUGGAGGAGCUGCAGCAGCUCCUAACACCGCUGCCUCUACUGCAGCAAGCAGCACUACUACGGUUGUGCCCGACCCGGUCUCCAUUCAGAGCCUGUCCCCCACCAACACCCUCAGCACCAGCCCUGACCCCACUACCAGUCCAGCCCCCACUGCCUCUCAACCCUCCACCAUGUCUGUUGUUUCUGAGAUGCCUCCAGUGGCCUCCACACCUCCUGCUAGUGUAGGUGUGACCCCUGUUGCUGUGGUCAGUGUUCCUACAGUAACCGCUACAGUCACUGCAGUGCAGACAAUGCCGUUGUUGCCUCAAAGUCUCCCUCCUGGCCUGCCCAUGGCCCAGCCGUCCGCUGCAAUCCCAGCAUUUCCCCCGGUCAUGGUACCUCCAUUCAGAGUGCCUCUACCUGGCAUGCACAUCCCACUGCCUGGUAUGCUGCCAGGGAUGGCCCCUCCUCUAGUACCCAUGAUGCAUCAUCCCCAGCUAGCUAUCACUGCAGCUCGUGCAUCUUUUACGGGUGCUCUUCCACUUCCUGAAUGGUCUGAGUACAAGACAGCCGAUGGGAAAAUGUACUAUUAUAACAAUCGCACUCUGGAGUCCACCUGGGAAAAACCUGUUGAGCUAAAAGAGAGAGAUAAGGACCGUGACAAGGCUAAAGAUGGCCAUAACAAUGAUUCCGUUUUAAAGGAUCUAGACAUGGAAGCCAAAGCUGGCAACUUUGGCAUUUCUAAAGAGUUGCCCAGGGAAGAGGAGAUGACAGAGGAGGAAAAAGCAGCACAGAAGGCAAAACCUGUAGCCACAAACCCAAUUCCUGGUACUCCCUGGUGUGUAGUCUGGACUGGAGAUGAUCGUGUGUUUUACUACAACCCCACCACACGACUGUCCAUGUGGGACCGACCUGAGGAGCUGGUGGGUCGUGCUGAUGUGGACAAAUACAUUCAAGAACCCUCCCACAAAAGGGGGGUAGAUGACAACAAGAAAAUAGGUUUCAACAAAGAGGAGAUUGACACAGCCAUAGAGGACACACUGGACGAUGAGCCUUCUAAGGCUAAGAAGAGAAAGAAGGACGAUAUGAAGGAGGCUGACGCAGAGAAAGACGCGGCCAUGGAGGCCGAACUGAAGGCCGCUCGCGAUCGGGCCCUGGUGCCCCUGGAGGCCCGCAUAAACCAGUUCAGGGACAUGCUGCUGGAGAGAGGGGUUUCAGCUUUUUCCACUUGGGACAAAGAGCUGCACAAGAUUGUGUUUGACCCUCGAUAUUUGCUGCUCAACCCCAAAGAGAGGAAACAGGUGUUCGAUCAGUAUGUGAAGACUCGUGCUGAAGAGGAAAGGAAGGAGAAGAAGAAUAAACUCAUGCAGGCUAAAGAUGAAUUCAGGAAGAUGAUGGAAGAUGCCAAACUUCACAUUAGGACCACAUUCAGUGAGUUUGCCGCAAAACACUCUAAGGAUCCUCGCUUCAAGGCCAUUGAGAAGAUGAAGGACAGAGAGGCCAUGUUCACCGAGUUCAUGACAGCCUUGAGAAAGAAGGACAAAGACGACUCCAAAAACAAAGUAGAAAAGGUGAAGCAGGACUUCUUCGAUUUACUGUCGGACCACCAUGUGGACGUCUCUCAGCGCUGGAGCAAAGUGAAGGACAAGCUGGAGACGGACCCGCGCUACAAAGCCGUGGAGAGCUCAGCUGCUAGAGAGGAACUGUACAAACAGUAUGUGGAGAAGCAGGCGAAGAACAUGGACGCAGAGAAGGAGAAAGAGCUGGAACGGCAGGCUCGUACCGAGGCCAGUCUGAGGGAGAGAGAGCGGGAGGUGCAGAGAGCUCGGUCUGAACAAACCAAAGAGAUUGACAGAGAGAGAGAGCAGCAUAAACGAGAGGAAGCUGUCCAGCACUUUAAAGCGCUCAUGUCAGAUAUGGUAAAGUCAACGGAUGCUUCCUGGUCAGAAACGAGGCGCACUCUUCGUAAAGACCACCGGUGGGAGUCUGUUGCUUUGCUGGAGCGACAUGAGAAGGAGAAAUUGUUUGAAGAACAUGUGGAGGCUCUUACCAAGAGGAAGAAGGAACAUUUCAGGCAGCUGUUGGAUGAGACCUCCAUGGUGAGACGGGUUCAAAAUCACACAAUCGCAUAACAACAACAAUAAUGA